AUGGGCAGCGCUGGUGGUUCGGACGAGUACGUGCCGCCGCGUCUCUCGCGGCUGCUUCACUCGCUGCCCCAUAUAAAUGUGACACUGCACCGGGUCAAUGAUACCUUCGCCCCCAAUUCACCCAUAUACCUUGAGAGCUUAGGAAUCCUAGGUUCCAUACCGGGCGCGUGGCUGAUCUUGACCUUAACUAUUCUGCUCAUAUAUUUGCUCACGAGAUGUUGCGACCGGAAGCAACGCCCGCCAAAAAGCAUUACUGCUCUGAAGAUAACAUUAAUGAUUCUUUCCGUGCUGUGCUGCGGCGCGAUCGGCGUCGGUUUGUUCGGAAACGAUGACCUCCACAAUGCAAUGCUGCAGAGCAUCCAAGCUGGGAACCAGCUAGCUGCACUAGUCAACACUGUUAAAAAUCAAUCCAGUAUUUUAGAAGAAGCAAUGGGCUCCCGCGCCCGAGCUCCGCUCGCACGCUUGGCGGAUGCUCUGGAUGCGCCUGUUGCUAACCAGACAGCCCUCGGAACGCUGCUAAGAGCACUGUCUGCGCUGAGGAACAAUGCAAGUGCUGCUGCUUCAGCCGCAGACAACUUGAGACGCCCGCUCGCUGCUUUAAAUCUUGACGCUUUUAUGAAGCGCCUUUGGGUAUGGGAGGCGGCCCGCUGGGCGGGAGGAAUGGCUGGUUGGUGCUGUGGUGGCGCUGUUUGCGUAGCUCUACUUGCCGCAGCAGCACGGAGAUCCAGACGGGCAUUGCUGUCAUUGUGUGUAUGUGCUUUGGGUGCGCUGGUAGCGUGCUGGGCAGCUAGUGCAGCGCUGGUUGCUGGAUCCGUAGCUGCAGCUGAUGCCUGUCAAGAACCAGCUCGAGCUAUUGCUCUUUAUGCGCCCCAUCGGUUGCCGCUGGAUAUGGUCCACUAUUACCUGUCGUGCAAGGUGUCCCGGGAGAACGUAUUAACGGCAGAGCUAAGAAACGCACAGCGCGCUGUGGUGGCGGUGAGGCAAGCCCUUGCCGUUUUAUCCCGGGGAGCACCACAGCUGUUCAACGACCCCGGUCUUCAGCCAGCACUAGGGGCAUUAGGAGCCGGGACUGGGGAAGCAGAACGUGCGCUCGUGUCGCUGAAUUCUGCGCUUGAGUGCAGAAUGACUCGGGCAUAUUUCGUCACUGCAGCACGUGCGGCGUGUGAUGCUGGUCUUCAGGCUUUGACUCUGCAGCUCCUUGCGGCGAUAGUGGCUGGUUUUCUAUUCACUGCGAUUGUUCUAGUCGACUCGCACGCUUGGAUAUACAUCAACACCAAACGCAGUGUAACCGGCGAAGAACAAGCUCCAUUCCUGUCUAGUGGCGGCGGAUCACGAACAUUACCUCGCCCAGCUCCCUUCCCCAACGGCAAACCACCAUCUUAUAGCGCUGCAGUUCAGCUCAUGGAUCUCAACGACCGAGAACGGGAGCGCCCUACGUCUGUAGGUCUCGUGUUUCGGGAACCGCUACGUUGGGCCGAGCAAGCGGUGGUGGGGCGUUGGGAUCGGCGCUGGGCGGGUCCCACACAACGGCCCGGCGGCGCGCCCGAACAUAACGCUGGUCAGGCGAGCCGCACGGCCAGUCUGAACCGCUUCGAUCCUAAAUACGCGUCGUUCGGUCCCCGUGCGCCGCGCCCACGCCCCCCCGCGCCGCCGCCCGCCCUCCACACUUUCUCUCCUGAGCCUGCUGUCCAUGCGCACUCGCACGACACGCAUACGCACGACAAAUAUGCCACAGUGCGCCCGCAACGACGCACAGAUCCGCAGCCACUGUCAGCAGCAGCGUUGGAAUACCGUAGCUUGCAACGACCGAGGCGACAACAACACAACACGAAUACGCACAGACGUAGACCGGAACGACACGAUCAAAGAGAUUUGUACGCAGUCACGGAAUUGUAG